AGAGACCGAUAGUUCUUCAUAAGUAAUUCAACUUUCACACUGCAAUCCAAGCUAGGAGGGAGUAUGAUCAGGAAAUUAGCUCCAGCAGUCCUUGAAGGUAACGGCUUGCAAAUGGUAAGACAAGAAAGCUAUCCAAGCAAUCUGGUUUCAAGGAAGUAUUGCCAUGGACAUGAUAAGGAAAAAGAGGAGACCAGCGAGAGAUCAUUGGUAAGUGGAGGAGAAGAGGAACGUGGGAGGCAAACGUGGUGGAUUCCUCAUGCAAAAUCAGGCAUUUUCCAUCCAGAAGGGCAGCACAAAUUGAUUCAAGAUGUUGCUGCACCCUCUAAAAAGCAAGAGGAAGAGCAAACACUCUGGCUUAGGUCGUCUUCCUUAGAUGACUGAUGUUGGGAGACUUUUCACUGAUAAUACAUAGCUUCUAGAUAACUUGACAGAUGCAGCAGCUUGUUUUGGUAUUAAUACUUAAGUCUUAUCUCUGUAAAUAUAUAGUAUGUCUCUACUAUAAUAUUCCAUCUAUGUUUAUAUGGUGAAAAAGUGUAUGGUAUAUCUUUCAUACUAUAUUUCUAUCUA